UUUCCGAUGAAUGGACUGUAGGUUUGAAGAUUGUGUCGUUGUUCGUGAAUUGUUGUUACACCGGAAGUUGUUACUCACAAGGUUGACUGUAGUCUGAUCUUUCUCUUCAUUCUCCCAUUUGCAGAUCAAUCAAAUCACACAGUGCCAGCAGCAGCAGUAGCAGCAGCCACACACCCAGCAUGUCAUCUCUUAGCCUGCUGUCUGGUCUUGGUGGCCGUAGCUCGGUCAACACAUCACUAUACAGGGGGCUGUACGAUGAUGACGACGAUGAUGAUGACAAUGUCAAUGAGGGCAAUGGUCAGAGCUCCGUGGGAGAUUCUCAAGACAGUGUCCUGGAUAAAGAUGUGGCGGAGGAGAGGCAGCGGGUCUUGUCGGGGAACUGUGAAAAUAGCCUGCUUUUGCUGAAGAAUUUAACCAAGAUGUAUGGCGAGCAGCGUGCCGUCAAUGAGAUGUGUCUUGGUGUGGAGCCUGGCAUGGUAUGUACAGUCGUCCCUCUCUAAUCCGGCACUUUAUAAUCCAGCACCCUCGAUAAACCAGCACACUUUUCAGUAGCCAAAAUGUCCUCUUCAUGCACAUUGCAGCAGUAAAUCAGAUUUGUUAAUCCAGCACCCUCCCUAAUCCAGCAGAUUUUCGUGGCACAAAUGGUGCCGGAUUAUAGAGGGACCACUGUACUUGUGUGUACUUGUGUGUAGCAACUAGGUUUCCUACAGUCUGCUAUUGCAAACUGCACGAUGUGUAGCAGAGGAUGA